CUAUAUCUAUAUCUAUAUCUAUAUCUAUAUCUAUAUCCCAUGGAACUAGGGAAUAAAACAAAUGCUCAAGAAUUCUUCCUUCUGGGACUUUCAGACAAGCCUGAACAGCAGCCUCUCCUCUUUGCAAUAUUCCUGUGCAUGUACCUUAUCACUGUGACUGGGAACCUGCUGAUCAUCCUGGCCAUUGGCUCUGAUUCCCACCUCCAUAAUCCUAUGUACUUCUUCCUUGCCAACCUCUCCUUUGUUGACCUCUGUCUGGCCACUAAUACCGUCCCAAAGAUGUUGGCAAACAUUCAAUCCAGGACUAAGUCCAUCUCAUAUAUCUGCUGCCUGACACAAAUGUACUUCUUCCACUUUUUUGGAAUCAUGGACAGUGUCUUGAUUGCUGUGAUGGCCUAUGACCGGUUUGUGGCCAUCUGUCAUCCACUGCACUACACGACGAUCAUGAGCCCACGUCUCUGUGGGCUGCUGGUAGGUGGGCCCUGGGUUUUCUCCAGCUUGAUUUCCCUGGCACACACCCUCCUUAUGUCUCGUUUAUACUUCUGUGCCAGCACUGAGCUUCCUCACUUCUUCUGUGACCUCACACCACUGCUCCGGUUGUCCUGUUCUGACACUACAAUCAAUAAGAUCUUGGUGCUCAUUGUGGGUGGGAUGGUGAUUGUCACACCCUUCCUCUGUAUUCUUGCCUCCUAUGCCCGAAUUGUUGUGGCUAUUCUAAAGGUCCCUUCUGCAGGGGGCAGGAAGAAAGCCUUCUCCACCUGCGGUUCCCACCUCUCUGUAGUGGCACUCUUCUAUGGGACCACCAUUGGGGUCUACCUCAGCCCCUCUUCUAUCCAUACAGCUGUGAAGGAUAAAGCCUCUGCUGUGAUGUACACAGUAGUCACUCCCAUGCUGAACCCCUUCAUCUACAGCCUGCGUAGCCGAGAUCUAAAGGGGGCUUUGAAAAAGCUUGUCAAUAGGAAAAUUGCCUCAUCGCCCUGA